GUUAAUCAGUCGCGCGUCUUUGGCCGAUCGGAAUUAAAGUCCAUGUCGUAAAUUGCAUACCGAACAUGUCCAGCUACGGUCAUGUAUCGCCGCUUCGGCCCAUCAUCUCAAAUACACGGAUCAUGUUCAGCCUCCUACCUGGACUUGGAGCUAUGAUAGUAUUGAGGAUGGCGAUACAUUUAUACCGACCUGAUAUAGAAGACGCAGAGAACAGAGUCAGAGACAACCCUUUGAAUAAUUUGUACGACUGUUACGACUUCAUCAUAGUUGGAGGUGGAACAGCAGGGUCUGUGCUAGCUAACAGACUUUCAGAAAACCCUCAAUGGACAGUGCUACUCCUCGAAGCAGGUCAGGACGAAAACGUUUUAGCAGAUGUACCCAGCAUAUUUCCUGUUCUACAAAGUUCUUCCAUAGAUUGGCAGUUUGUGACGGAACCUAGUAAUGAGUAUUGCUUAAGUAUGAUGGAUUAUCGAUGUAAGUGGCCACGUGGAAAAGUCCUCGGUGGUUCCAGUGUUCUAAAUGCUAUGCUGUAUAUAAGAGGUAAUAAACGCGAUUACGAUUACUGGGCCACCAUUGGUAAUACAGGAUGGUCAUAUAAGAGCAUUUUGCCUUAUUUCUUGAAAGCAGAAGACAUGAGAAUUCCGGCUUAUCAAAGUGACCCCUACCACGCCACUGGUGGGCCUUUGACAGUUGAAUAUUUCAAAUUUCAGCAACCAAUUACAGAAAAAAUUUUAGAAGCUGGUAGUCAACUCGGAUAUAAUAUUUUGGAUGUGAAUGGUGAAUAUCAAACUGGUUUUACGAGAUCUCAUGCAACGGUUCGUGAAGGACUCCGAUGUAGCGCUGCAAAAGCUUAUUUGAGACCAGCAAGUAAUAGGCCUAAUCUUCAUGUAAGUGUGCACUCUUUGGUAGAAAAAAUAUUGAUAGAUGAACAGAAAAAAGCGUACGGAGUGAAGUUUAUGAAACACGGUCAACAACGUAUAGUGAAAGCCAGUAAGGAAGUCAUCCUAUCUGCUGGAGCUAUUCAGUCUCCUCAACUGCUAAUGCUAUCAGGAAUAGGAAAUGCAGAGCAUCUUAAAGAAGUCGGCAUUUACCCUAUAGUCAAUUUACCAGGAGUGGGUAGAAAUCUUCAGGAUCACAUUGCAAUGGGAGGACAUUCCUUCCUCUUUGACAAUCCUUAUGAGAAUGGCACGGAUUAUUGCUUCAACAUCAAGAACGCUCUAUCUGUAAACAGUUUAGUAGAUUUUGCAUUACAUAAAAGUGGAUUGUUAUAUAGUAUGAUGGAAGCAGAAGCUAUGGCAUUCGUCAAUACAAAGUACCAAGAUCCCAAUGAAGAUUAUCCAGACAUUCAGCUGUUUAUUGCUCCAACAGCUGAUAACUUAGAUGGAGGAUGGUUCGGAAAGCGAGCUAACGGGCUAACCGACGAAACUUAUGCCGUGUUAUACGAAGAUAUAUUAUUUGAUUCUUCAUUUUCUAUAGUACCUUUACUGCUUAGGCCCAAAAGUCGGGGUUAUAUAAAAUUGAGAGACUCCAAUCCGUAUUCGCCACCGCUCAUUUACCCAAACUACUUCUCCGAUCCACAGGAUAUAAAAGUUUUGGUUGAAGGAGCCCGCAUAGUCCAAGCUUUGGUGGAGACACCAGUGCUGCAAGAGCUCAAAGCACGACCGAACCCGAACCGAAACCCUGGCUGCGCGGAACACGAGCUAAUGUCUCAAGAACACUUGGAAUGCCAGGCGAGGCACCACACUUUGACGAUAUAUCAUCCGGUCGGCACCUGCGCAAUGGGACCUGUUGACAAUGCUGAAGCGGUCGUUGAUCCGAGAUUAAGGGUGUAUGGAAUCAAAAACUUACGCGUGGUCGACGGAAGCAUUAUGCCCACAAUCGUCAAUGGCAAUACGAACGCACCGAUCAUCAUGAUUGCUGAGAAGGCAUCCGACAUGAUCAAGGAGGACUGGAGUGACGUUACAAACUACGAAUUCACAAGUUGCGCAGGACCUUAUAAAAGACAACAAGAGGAUCCAGGAGACAGUGAUGGACCAAAAAAAGUUAACUUGAAUAUCACUCAUCCGACUCCCAACCUAUUUCAUGAAACUUACGAAUUGUUCCCUCAAUUAGAUGAAUUUGAAAAUAGACCAAAUCAAAAUAAUUUUGACAACAGCAAACCAUCAAAUCCGUUGCCUAAAGAUAUUAAUAAAAAUCAUACUUCAAACAACAAUGGACAAAAACCUAAACAAAUACAACAAUCAUAUAAGCCCACAGAAUUUAAAGAAUCUACAGCAAAUCCGAAUUACAUUCCAGUUUAUCCUUUCAUAGAUGAUUAUGGAAGACAAUACUAUGCUCCAUUUCCUUAUUGGCCUAGUUGGAAUCAAAUUAAUAAAGGCAAUAAUAAUUUGAACAGAAAUAUACAUUAUUCGAGCAAUAAGAAAAAUCCUUUAAAAAAAUAUGGGUUAAAAAAACAAAAACCAGUUAAUUCGUAUAAUUAUUUGACACCAUCGUAUGAAGACAAAGAUGCUUUUUAUGAAACGAAGCAAAUAUCAACUCCAGAAGGACGAAAGUGCAAGGUUUGGCUAUAUUACGAUGGAGUGAAGUAUGAGGUUAUACUGUAGGCGAUAAGGUUAAAUUAUUAAUUUAUUACAAAUCCAGUGAAUAGAUGUAUCUAAUUGUUCAUUAUCAAUAAACUGUUUAAUACAGUUA